AUGCCUUUAAGCAAUGAUUUUUUUGGGUUUUAGUUAGCUCCACAAUUUAAUUAAGAUUUAAUUACGUAGCAAUAUAGCCAAAACAAAACGUUUAUCGUGUUUUUGGCAUUUUAUUUUUAUCGAAACAGUAGUUAUAAUGGAUAUUAGUAACUAGAUGUAGUUAAUUGUAAAAAUCCAUAGUUAAAUGGCUAUUAUUGUGUAGAUUAUUCAAAAAACCCUUAUUUAAACAUAAAAAUUGGAAACAAAAAUAAUGUUUUCUCUGAAUUAAUCAUUUUUUCUUACAGAUGUUAAGAUACUGAUAUCUAUAAAACCUUUGUGCCUGAUAAUUGUGCAGAUCCAAGUGAAAUAGAUAAAUAUUUAGCAAAUACAUAAAACACUUUGAAUUUUAGGUUGUAAAUUUCUUAGUAUAACACUACUUCAAAAGAAGUAGAAAUAGGAUAUAUUAACAAUAGAUUAGCUUCAUUAGGGAAUUAUUUAACAUUAGCAGAGUUAAAGGUAAAAAAAUAGAUUACUUCAAUUAAAGAAGGUCUUUUUCUUCAAUCAGAAAGCUCAUUUUCUUCUCCAAUAUCUGUUUAAUUUGGUUCAUCAUCUCUAGAUUAUAAAUCUUAUGUUAGAGAAACGGGUAAAAAAAUGAUAUCUUUAGUAACUGUCGACGUUGACGAAAACGUUUAAUAUUUUAAUAUCGAAUAUCCACCUUUUACUGAAAUAUUAGCUCUUUGCAAUAGCUUUUUUGCAUUACUUAUGAUUUUGGGGGUUAUUUGUAGAGCAAUUGCCCAACGCCUUAUAAGACAAGACAUCUUUUUACUGGUUUUAUAAAACUCUUACUAAGAAACAUACCAAAAAAUUCUUAAAAAUAGGAACAUAGCUCAGUUUAAUGAAGAUAUUUUGCUAAAUUAGGUUGAUAAAAGUUUGUUGACAGCGAAUGAAGGAAUUGAAAACAAUUAACAAAUUUUAAUCCCGUAAUUCAAACAUUUAAGCAGUUAGUCAGUUUUUAGAAAAGGUUAGAGCUAUGAUUCAAAACAAAGCUGCAGCAAAUAGCACAAUUAACUUCUUUAAGAUAAUCAAGUAUCUAUCUCAAAUGUACUUUUUUAGCCUCACCAAGAGCUUAGUUAAGUAUUUACUAAACCUAACAAAUAAUCUCCUCCUUUGAAAAGUUAUUAAAGCUAUAGUCUAAAAAAAGAUAAUAGUUAUUAAAGUAAUUUAUCAUUAUGUUAAACUUCACAGAAAAAUGAAAUUACUAGAAGUAUUUAUUUGAAAAGUCAUAAUAAAAACAGUAAACAAGAUGAAACAAAUAAUUAAAGUAGAACUAAAAAUGAUUGCAAUUUUAAUUAAAUAAUAAAUUAAAGACUAACUGCCUUUUCAAAUUAAAAAGUAAAUGAAAAAGUAAAAAAUUAGCUUUUCAAAAUAAGAUUAUUUUGUAAAAAUAAAUUUCUUGAAUCAUGUGGGUUGAACAAAUAAAUGAUGGAUAAAAUAGAAAAACAAGUUUUUGAGAGUUUAGAUUUUUAUAAACUCUACAAAGAUAUUUAACUACUGAAAAAAGCUAUGAUGAUGCUUCUUAGCAAAGAUUAAUUUGCUGCAUUACAAUUAGUAGGUUAUUCACAUGAAUUUUUAGGCUUAAAGUUAGACAAAUAAACAAAAGCAACUAUUGAAAAUAUUGAGAAUUAGAAGAGUCAUUUAGAAUAACAAAAUAUUAUUUAACAAUCUGAGGAACUACAAAGUUAACAAAUAGGUUUAUUUUUGCAAAGAUAUUAAAGUUAACAAAAUUUAAGUUAAGUAGAUAAAAGAAUAUUUUCGUCUAUGUUCAUAAAUUCAAUUUUAUGA